UAGCUUCCAUGACGUUUCGACUCUCGAUAUUACGUUGAUUAUACCUCAACCAUACUUCACAAAUGCUACUGCUAGUGUACCGCUGAUUUAUAAAUGGCAAAGAAAACACGUUGUUUGAAGGAAUUACAUCUCAUACUUUUAUCUCAUUCAGUUGAGAACGUUUUAUAAGCGUUCCGUCGGCAGUAGCAAUUAAUAAAUAAAUACAUAGAAAUUCGUGCUCACUCACUCACCCACCUUGCCAACACCAACCCCUCCAAACGCAUAUGAAAUAAUUUUAUAUACCUUACAUAGGUACAUAGGUAUCUUAUAUAAACCACGUCAACGAUGCCCACGAUAGCCGUCGGAGGCGCCUCCGGGAAAAUCGGCGGCGCGACGCUCUCCGCGCUGCUAGCGCACAACCUCGUCCCCGCAUCCUCCAUCAUCGCGCUGACCUCCUCGCGGCCGGGCUCGUCGACAUUCGACGCCCUCGCGGCCAAGGCCCCGGGGCUGCGGGUGCGGCACGCGGACUUCGAGGACGCCGCGUCGUUCGAGAAGGCGCUGGAGGGCGUCGAUCGGUUCUUCCUCGUGUCGACGCCGCACGUCGAGCUCGACUUCGACCGGCGCGUCGAGGUCGAGGACGGCAGCGGGAAGUGGGAAUGGCAGGAAGUCCCCGACGGCCAGGGCCGCGAGAGGCACCACCGCGUCGCGAUCGACGCGGCCGCGCGCGCGGGCGUCUCCCGCAUCUACUAUACGAGCCUGGCGUUCGCGUUCGACCGGGCGGCCAAGCGCGGCAAGCACGCCAGCAAGGCGGGGGUGAUGCGCGCGCACCUGCGCACGGAGGCGUACCUGGCGCGGCAGCGCGCGGCGGGCGUGUUCGGCAGCGCGACGGCGGUCCGCGAGGGCCUGUACGCCGAGUCCUGGCCGCUGUACCUAGGGGAAUUCGCGGCGGACGGCGGGGGCCGGGACGCGGAGCGGACGGAGGUGCCGAUCGCGGGGGACGGGACGGCCUGCUGGACGGCGAUCGCGGACCUGGGGGUCGCGAACGCGCUCGUGCUCGCGGCGCCGGGCGGCGAGUUCGACGACCGCACGUUCUACCUGUCCACGCGCGCGGGCAAUACCAACGGCGGCGGCAACGCGAAGACGGUGAGCGAGAUCGGGGCGCUGGUGGGGAAAGCGCGGGGCAAGGAGAUAAAGGUGAAGGUGGUGGGCAGGGCGGAGCACGAGAGGUACUAUGUGGAGGAGAGGGGGUUGGACGCGGCGGCGGUGCGGUGGUGGGUGGGUACGUACGAGGCGCUGGAGGAGGGGGAGUGCGAGGUUGACGACGGGACGCUGGAGGGGCUGCUCGGGCGCGUGGGGAUGAAGCCGACGCGAGUGGAGGAGGUUAUUGGGAAGAUGGUUAAGAGGGUGUAGAAGAGGAAGAAGUACCUAACCUAAUGAGAGGACUACUGUGCUAUGUUGACGUUGCUGUAUAAAAUCGUCAUGGGUGAUGAGUGAAAUUCGAGCGGGACUUACUACAUCUUGUAAGUUUGUACUACGAAGGCACU